AUGGAGAAUUUGUCUGUCUCUGGGUCGAAUUUCCGGGCUCAUGCCCUCUUCGGUGGUGCCAUGUCAUGCGAACUACCGAAUUAUUUGGGCGACAUGAGCUACUUUUACGUGCACCGAGGUGAGGCGUGCUUUCUCAGCAAAUUCAUGGUCGUUCCUGAUCAACAAGAGGCGUUUGUUAACGAUGAUGGGAGCAUAAGUGUCAUCAUUGAAGUCCUGGAGUAUCAAGAAGUACCAGAUUCGAAGGCUGCAGAGUUCUUUUUCACCGACCUCAUGGAAGCAAACUCUGCCACCUCUUCGCGAAUUCUGGAGUUGUGGAGUGCGCCGAAGGGUGAAUCUCCAGUACCAGGGCACACAAUAACUUCACUUAAGGGAGAAUUCGAUGUGAAGAAAAAGGGAACUCCAUCCCCCGACCAUGUUUGCGUGCGACUGGCAGUUAUACGAAUUCCAGAGCACCGCGCGGACGUUGUCCUGUCCAUGAAUGAGAGAAAGGAUGAAACCGGUGGUUUGAGUGGUGCACAGGCCGGCUCUUCAGGAUCGUUGGAUCGGACUUUCCGUGUGAUUCUUGAGUCGUUUAAAAUUCUGAACUAUGAGCUGUUCGCCUAG